AUGUUUGGAAGUAUAAGAGUCGGCGUGGGCAAGUGUUUAGGUCAUUACUGCCCCACUGUCACGUCGAAGGCGGUGAGUUCUAACCCCGACCGCGGCAGUGAAUUUUCUCAAGGUGCGAAUGGUUUGUUCCGGAGACGCGGCCGGCAAACGUACACGCGCUACCAGACCCUGGAGCUGGAGAAGGAGUUUCGGUUUAAUCAUUACCUGACGCGACGUCGCCGUAUCGAGAUGUCGCAGGCGCUCUGUCUCACCGAGAGGCAGAUCAAAAUAUGGUUUCAGAAUCGAAGGAUGAAGCUGAAGAAGGAAACGCAGGCCCUCAAGGAAAUGAAUGCUCACGCGAAAGCGCUCGACGCUGAAAAGGCUGGGAAGGAUAACAGCAGCAGCAGCAGCAGCAGCAGCAACACAAAUUGCUCUAGCGGAACUAAUACCGCUACCACCAACAUCAGCAGCACCGCAACGACAGCUACAACGGCAACAGCAUCGUCAACACCGUCGGCGCCAAAAGUGAAGUAG